AUGGGGACCCCAUGGGCAGUGCUGGUGCUGGCCAUGGCGCUGGUGGGGCUCUGGGCUCCCUGUGCCUCGUACAAGCAGCCCAACUUCAUCGUCAUCCUGGCGGAUGAUGUGGGCUGGGGGGAUCUGGGAGCCAACUGGGCAGAGACGAAGGAGACCCCACAUUUGGAUGAAUUGGCUGCCGAAGGGACAAGGUUCGUGGAUUUCCACUCGGCUGCAUCCACGUGCUCCCCAUCCCGCGCCUCGCUGCUCACGGGGCGCCUUGGAGCACGCAAUGGGGUGACCCACAACUUCGCCAUCACCUCGGUCGGUGGCCUCCCCCUGAAUGAGACCACCCUGGCCGAGGUCCUGCGGGGAGCUGGGUACAGCACGGGGGCUAUAGGCAAAUGGCACCUGGGACACCACGGCCACCAUCACCCCAGCUUCCGCGGCUUCGACUACUAUUUUGGGAUCCCCUAUAGCCAUGACAUGGGCUGCACGGACACCCCUGGCUACAACCUGCCGCCCUGCCCGCCCUGCCCGCGGCACGGCUCCAUUGCCAGGGAGGCGAGGAAGGACUGUUACAGGGAGGUCGCCCUUCCUCUCUUUGAGAACAUCACCAUCAUCCAGCAGCCCGUCAACCUCAGCAGCCUGGCAGCGCGCUAUGCGGAGGAGGCCACGGGGUUCAUCCAUAGGGCAAGCGACAGCGGACGCCCCUUCUUCCUCUACCUGGCGCUGGCCCAUAUGCACGUCCCUUUGGGGGUCCCCCCUUCGCCCCCCACCUCGGGCAUCUACGGAGCCUCCCUGAGCGAGAUGGAUGCUCUGGUGGGACAGAUAAAGCGGGUCGCUGACAGCCAUGGGAAGGGCAACACGCUCCUGUGGUUCACAGGUGACAAUGGCCCUUGGGCACAGAAGUGUGAGCUG